GACUUCUUGUGAUUCUAAGAAAGAAGAAGUUAUGGGUGUGAAAGGCAAGUUGAUUGCUUCAAUAGAGGUGAAGUGUGGAGGACACUCUAUUCAUAAUAUGUUUCACAUCAAUGCUCAUCAUAUAGCCAACAUAAACCCUAGUAAGAUCAAUCGUUUUGAAAUUCAUGAAGGUGAAACCGUAAAAAUUGGUUCAAUUGUUAGCUGGAAAUAUAACAAGGAUGGAGAAGAAAAGUUUGCUAAUCAAGUGAUUGAAGCCAUCGACCCUCAUAAGAAAUCAAUUACUUGGAAAGUGAUUGAAGGAAAUGUGUUAGAGUUAUAUAAUUCCUUCACUGUUAUCACAUCCAGUGAACACCAUUGGACUACGUUGGCAUUCGAGUACGAGAAAAAAAGUGAAGAUACCCCAGAGCCCCUCACUCUUUUGGGUUUUUUCUUUGAUGUUAUCAAACAGAUGGAUGGUCACCUUCUCAAGCAAUAGAAAAUCUCUAUAUAUAUGUGUGCGCGCCCUUGUGCUUCUAUCUUAUUCUAUCUAAUUCUAUGAAUAAUAUUUAUUAUCUAAUUAGUAAUAACAAUACGUGGAACGAAGCUACUCGACCUACAGGGAGAGGUAUUAAGUUACUCGACCGUUAGGGAGAGGUAUUAAGUUACUCGACGUGUGAUGAAUAAUUUACAAUAUUGUCUAGUUCAAGCUAGCGUGUGAAAUAAAUAAUGUUAUAGUUGAAUAAUAUAUAUUGCAUGUCGACCUCCUUCAAUGGAUCGAUGCUAAUAGAAGCUUAAAAAAUUCAGAAAAAAUACAGGACUUACUGAUUUCAAAUACGCGACCUUACGGUGCAAUGUGGAGUUCACAACCAUCACUCCACAAAUCAAAAUUUAUCAAU